GGCUGUUGGGAACAAAUCACACUAAAACGCUGGAACAGAUGGCAGCUGAAAAGCCCCCCAGUAUGCCAAGUGGCAACGAUGACCUGGCGUUACGGCUGCUGCGGACCAAUACGUGGAGCUGCUAUUAUGGGCUGCCCCUGUGGGAAUUCAGUCUUGCCAAACUCAAGGCGAUAAUGCAAGGCUUGUUGUCAGACCUUCCAGACAGCAAAGGGCGCAAGCCACGUCUUCUGUUACGGCCGUGCAACGUGCUCGGUGGCCAUGAGAGGCAGGGCGAGGAGGCAGUCUUCUGCGUGGCAAGUGCGGGCGCCCGGAAGCCUCACACUGCAGGGCUGGUGCACAGCGGGGAGAAGAUCUCGCUGGUGUUCCUAGCGGGGUCAGUGAAUGCACGAAGUCUCAUGGCCUAUGAGCUGGGAAACAGCUUUGGAGUCGCCCUACGUGCUCUACAGCUGGCCCCAUGGCACCUGUCCAUGGUCGCAGUGUGGGGCCUCUCCUUCCUCGAGCCUGAGGACCCCUCAAUGUGCUGCCUGGAACUGAACAUGGACGGCGUCACUAUGGGCUUCAGUGCGGAAGUGCUUGGCCAGCUGUCGCCACCCUCAAGGAGCGUCACGGUGGAGGACGGGACGAAUUUCCUGCUCGCCCUCUGCAAGCACUUGUCGAAGCACGUGCUGCCCCAUCGCUACGAGGAGUUUCCCCUGCGCAGCGUGUGCUUCCUCAACCUGUUUUUGUUGGACCACGAGGGGACAAUGCAGGUGCACAAGACCACGGUGGUGACCGGGCUCUUUAAGUACCUCCUGUCCAUCGCAGAACGAGCAGUCUUGGGCGACCCACUCCCCGACCUCAAGGAAGAGUGAUGGUGAUGGAGCACCUCGUCGAGACAGGAGAGAGCGUGGGUGUAUAAAGUUUGCAGUAUGAGAGUUCUUUGUGAAUGGGGAGGGGGGGCAGGCAAUUGGUGCAUAUAGACUGCAACUGGGACUGGCUAGCACAAAAGCACCAGCACGGUUUUAAUCUGCUUCUUUUCCCUUCUGCGUGUGUCCGUUUGCUUGCUGCCAUUGUGUCCGCCAUCUUCCAACAGGCCCAGCCAACGAUUUUACCAGACUUCCGGUCACUCAAUCUGCCAUGAAACAAUGCCAUUGCAUGAAUUUGGCAGUACGUGACAUGCAAUAAGUGUGUUUAAUCGGCCUUUGGUACAUGCUCAGCUUUAAAGGAGUGCACAAGAAACUUUGUGGAAACACGUAAAUGCGCAAGCAUGUAUUGUUGCCUGGCAUGUCUGUUUCACUGACUACUCCCACAAUUGCAGAACUGCGUUGUUGACGGUUCUGCAAGUAGCCAAUAGGACAAUGCCCAGGAAUAUUUAAAUGACAAACGAAAAGAUAUAAACAGCACUUACACCGGUGUCAAACACCACCGUGCCAGUUCUCAAAAGGUAAUACCGUCAUGGCUUCAACAUCUUGGACGAAAAGCUGACUUCCUCAGCUAAAAAUAAUAUUCAUGGCAGAGCUCCAGCCCCGCCAGGCUGCGGCUCUCUUGGCUGUCUUCCGUUUUUCAUCUCGCAGGCAUUCAGAACUUCCAGUUCAGUCCGACAUCCUUCCUUCAUUGUCGUGAAGUCACCAAGCAACCCAAAUGGGGUGCCAUGCUUUUUGGUAUUCCAAAUGUCAUCCUUGCAAUUAUCAUCGAAGAUGCAUGCACUUCUGGCAUUGGCAGUGAGCUGUGGCAUUUGCAUCAGCUCUUUCACAGCUUGAUGUGAUGUUCUAUAGUAUGCAAGACCUACGUGGUGUCCUUGUGGGAAGGAACGGAAGAGCCUUUUAGGUGUUCAUAAGGGUUUCCUUGGGAGUUUUUAAAGAUGCAUUUUCCACCGUUUCGCUUUUACGAGGUGUGUGUAUUACAAGGCAACAGAAUAUUGAACUUACUUCUGCCAUCUUGCAUGCCUAUUCUUUUAUGUCAUCAUCAUCAAACUUUUACACCUCCCCCCCCACCCCUUCUCCAUGCAGAGUUGCAGGCUAGAGCAGCCUAGCUGAAGCCAACCUCUGUGCCACAGGGUGUCUACCAACCGGGAAAACCGGGAAUUCUCAGGGAAUUUGAACAGUCUGGAAAAACUCAGGGAAAACUCAGGGAAUUUGUGCUUCCAUCAGGGAAAAUUAGCUGUAACUUUAUUGAAAGGGAACGAAAGUCGUGUUAAUGCUGGCUCCAGUAACAGAGGAAUCGCAACGAAUCGUCAUUGACGCCGUGUCAUCGGCACGAUGUAUUGCCAGAGUAGUUAACGACCGAUUUUAUAGACGCCCGAUAAUUUGCACGGUUUUGCGGCACCACCACGUACUCCAUAUAGUCAAUGUAUAUUGCCCCGACUGCAGGUCUGAAAUGGCAUUAAUCAAAGCCGCCACCGCCGCUAUUUUGAUUAUCUCGCCGCCUCGAAGCAGCGGCACUCUCGCAGGCAAAUCCGUAACCACCACCGCGGCAACGUCAGGCCUACCUGCUUCUAUGUUCGCUAUUAAGCUCCUUGCCGUGCGGUGCCGUGUUUUUCAUUGAAAGAAUUCGCCGCUAUCACCAAUGGCACCGACUCCGCCUUUGUAAUCCUAGCGAUUGGCUUUGAAGCUCGCAGAGCACAGCGCGUUGCGUAAUGCCAGUCUGCGAAAGUUAGCUUCGCCUCGGUACAGUAGUGUUAGGCGGUGAAGCAUAACAAGCGUGGGAAGGGGGCAAUUGUCGCGGGACACAGUAUACAUUACUUAAUUACACAUGCGUGCAUGUCGUCUUCUGUCACAGUACAAGCCCUGAUAUGCCUUAAAAGCGUACUGGCAGGCCUUCAGAGCUUUUAACGCGAUAGCGUUAAGGAGCUCGUGUCGCAGAAAAGCCGGUGUCGUCGGUGUCGGCGUUUGCGGCGUUGACCGUGAGCGAUAAAUCACGGCAGGCGCUUCAUAAAUAAAAAGCAACUUCCAAGAUUGGCCCGGUGGGAAUCGAACCAGGGUCUCCGGAGUGAGACGGAGACGCUACCACUCAGCCACGAGUUCGAUGCUUCCAAGCGGUGCAAACGCGCCUCUAGUGAAUGCGGUGUUGCCUUCGAAACGAGCCGUGGAAAGUUAUACUGUGGUGUAUAUCGGUAAUUAUGAACAUGUAACGUACAGAAGUCACAAUUACACGAGUUGCGAAGUGCGUUUCCGCUGCAUUUCUUCUGCGCUUUCCGCACACGCAGAGCCAUCUUGCGGCAAACACAGAAGACCCCCCUCCUCUCAAUGUACGGCGCUGCCCCGACAGGAGGCGCGCCGCGCGCGCAUUGGGACCGCUGCCAGGCGCGUCGCGGGACUCCCUCUCCCCUGACGACGCUUCGCCGUGCUCCCGGUUUAGAUUACUAUCUAUCUCUCUGCCCGUGCCGAUCACGACGUUUGGCUGGCGUAGAUCGUUUCCCCUCCGAGACACCGAGUUCUUUGGUUCGUUCCGUUCGCUCAGGCGCACGUUUCGUUGCCGCGCCGAACGCUGCGUUGCUCGACGCUCACCGCGUGAUAGGUGGGCGCUAAGUCCGAUGCGGGGCGCAUCGUAAGUGAUCGCUGUGCCGUAGCGCAUUGUCUUAUACCCCUUGGCGGGUCGACGGGAACGCUGUCGCGUCCCACUCUUGAAGGCGAAGCUUAAGCGUCCUCCAAUUUUUUGAGACGUGCCUGUGGUAAUUUUAGCCCUUAAAGGCAGUUAAAGACAUGCAUUAAUUUUUUUCAGACUGCCCGUUUUUUUCAAUUUUUUUUUGCGGCCCCUCGGAAGUCCCAAGAAAUCAAAUGUUGACUGUACAACUGACCAAGAGGAUGCUUCAGAUGAUACAUGUGGUCAAAGCGUGGUAGAAGGAGGAUGAGAACAGAAAGGACCGACGCACUGAGGAAUUAACGGGAAAGGAAGGGUGCCGCCACCUUUUUGAAGGAGCUUGAGCUAAAAAAACUAAGUGAUGGCUGAUGCUGAGACACAGGUGUCCCUCAUCCAAACCAAAAUAAAUUGUUUACGCAGUGAAACCCAACAUUGAGAUGUUGUGUACGGGCUGAGAGUAUAUCAGGACAGUUGAGGUUGACUUCCCAGCUGCUGAGAGAGAACCUUAGUUGUGACAAAGUUCAGGACCUCAUACAGAUGAGCUUGCUAUCAGUUGAUAGAAAUAGCUGAUAUUAAAAAAAUAUUUACUUAUGUAUGCAUCUCCUUUUCAUCCGUAUUUGAAAAUGUUCGACUCAACUUGGAAUGGGCUUUACCAUUUCUUUCGCAGUGCAUUUUACUAACACCUUCCUUCUGUUUUCUUUUUAAAUAAAAUAUAUAUUACUCCUUACUAUUCAAACUGGAUUAAGUCAUUUUUUUGUUUCAGCAUGCUUACUAGAGAGUGACAGCAUCGGGCAACGUGGUGUCAGCCUGUCUUGACAUAAAACAAAGGUCUGGCUCAUUCAGGGAAUUUCGCAAAGGUGCUCAGGGAAAACCUGGAAAACUCAGGGAAUUUGGAAAUGUUAACUUGGUAGACACCCUGUGCCAUCUUUCAAAUAAAUCCUCCCUCUCGCUGCACAGCCCCUUACAUCCUGUCUCUUGAUCUCAUUGGAAAGACCUGUUGUACUGUUGUAUAGCAAUUCUAGUCAUACCAUAAUUCUCUAUUUAACUGCAUCAUGUCAUUCAUGUUUUAGUAUGAAUCCAAGCUAUUUUUAUGUAUUGACUUGUCACUGUUUUGCACACAAAUAAAAUUGCUUUUUAAUUGUA